UACACACUCACUGACUGGCACUCACUGACAGGCAUUCACUGCCUGACACUCACACUCACUGCCUGGGUCUGAUUCCAGGGGUAGCCGGCCACACAGACAGAUACCCAGACAGAGGGUGAGCUGAGUGUGGCAGCAUACCAGGCAUUAGUCAAUUGGAGGGCUACCCUCAUUCACAGGGCAGCAGCUGGCACCGCUGGCACACUCUGCCACCAGCCUUCCUGAAGGAAAAGUGGGCACCUUCACUGGCAGCUCUUCUUCUCCUGCACCAGUCACUCAUAGCUGGUAUCUCAACACCGUGCCACCACCAACAGCAUUCAGUGCCCACACAAGGACCAUCAUCACUACCCACUCAGGGACCUUCAUCCAGUGAACACACAGGGACCAUAAUCACUACCCACACACGGACCAUCUUCACUACCCACACAGGGGAUUUUCUUACAGUGCCCACCUAAGGGAGUACUUGCAUCCAGUGCCCACACAGGUGACCUGCAUACAGUGCCACACAGGAGUACUGCGUCCAGUGCCCACACAAGGACCUUUACCUAGUGCCCGUUUAGAGACAAUCAUCACUAUCCACACAGGGACCAUCAUCAGAGCCCUCAGGGGAUAUUCUUACAGUGCCCACCCAGGGCAGGACCUGCAUCCAAUGCCCACCUAGGGCAGGACCUACAUCCACUGCCCAACCAGAGGACUUGUAUCCAGUGCCCACCCAGAGGACCCGCAUCCAAUGCCCACCUAGGGUAGGACCUACAUCCAGUGCCCAACCAGAGGACUUGUAUCCAGUGCCCAUCCAGAGGACCCGCAUCCAGUGCCCACCCAGGGGACCUCAAACCUGUGCCCACCCAGACCUGCCGCCAGGAUCAGGCUGGAUUGUAUGAGCUGAUCCCCGCUUUCCUCUCAGCACCUCUGCCUGCGGGGUGGAGGAUACAGGCACCCACUACCCUCGGUUACUGACAGAAGGGGGGAUUUAAACACAAAGGCAGGCUGGAGGUGGGGAGAGGAGGAAGCUCUGGCUCUGUCACUGCUCCUCAGGAGGGGGAUGAUGCUGAGCUGCUGCCUGCCUUGAGCCUCAGCAAACAAGCUGCUACCCUGCAAACAUGUGGAUCCCCACUGAGCACGAGAAAUACGGCGUGGUGGUUGCCAGCUUUCGGGGGACAGUUCCACAUGGUUUAACCUUGGAGAUUGGGGACACAGUUCAAAUUUUAGAAAAAUGCGAUGGCUGGUACAGAGGUUUUGCCCUGAAAAACCCAAAUAUGAAGGGAAUUUUUCCUUCCAGUUACGUGCACCUCAAGAAUGCUUGCGUGAAGAACAAAGGGCAAUUCGAGAUGGUGGUACCUACAGAAGAUGCGGUUAUUACAGAGAUGACUUCUACGCUGAGAGACUGGGGCACAAUGUGGAAGCAGCUUUAUGUGAAAAAUGAAGGAGACCUUUUCCACCGCCUGGGGCAUAUCAUGAACGAGAUAUUGGACCUACGAAGGCAGGUUCUUGUUGGACAUCUGACUCAUGAUCGAAUGAAGGACGUCAAGCGGCACAUCACUGCUCGCCUGGACUGGGGAAACGAGCAACUGGGUCUAGAUUUAGUUCCAAGAAAAGAAUUUGCAAUGGUUGAUCCAGAGGAAAUAAGUGUUACGGAGUUAUACCGACUGAUGGAACACAGACAUCGAAAAAAGGAUACACCGGUACCAGCUAGCAGCCACCAUCUCUUUGUUCAGAUGAAAAGUUUAAUGUGUUCUAAUCUGGGAGAGGAACUGGAAGUCAUCUUUUCACUAUAUGACAGCAAAGAAAAUCGACCAAUAAGCGAAAGAUUCUUUGUCAGACUGAAUAGAAACGGCCUGCCAAAAUCUCCAGAGAAGACCGAGAGAUACACUUCUCUAUUCAAUGACUUGAGCUCAAGUGACCUUCGUAAAGAUAUUUUCAUCACUAUACACAUAAUCAGAAUCGGUCGAAUGGGUGCGGGAGAAAAGAAGAAUUCAUGUAAUGUGCAGUAUCGACGGCCGUUCGGGUGUGCAGCUCUCAGUAUUGCUGAUCUCCUCACCGGGGAGUCAAAAGAUGACCUCAUCUUAAAAGUGUAUAUGUGUAACACUGAAAGUGACUGGUAUCAGAUUCAUGAGAAUAUCAUCAAGAAAUUGAAUGCCCGCUACAAUCUCACUGGUUCUAAUACAGGUCUGGCUGUUUCCCUUCAGCUGUUGCAUGGAGACAUUGAACAAAUUAGGAGAGAUUAUUCCUCUUUGUUUACCCGUGGGGUCUCGAUAACAAGAAAGCUUGGCUUCUCUGAUGUUAUUAUGCCUGGUGAAAUGAGGAAUGACCUUUAUAUCACCAUAGAAAAGGGAGAGUAUGAAAAAGGAGGUAAAAGUGUGGCUAGGAACGUACAAGUAACAUUGGUCAUUGUCGGCAAUGAUGGUCAAAUCCUAAAGGAUUACAUUUCCCUUGGUUCUGGAGAACCGAACGCCAACGAGUAUCAUUCAUUUGUGUUGUAUCACAAUAACAGUCCCAGGUGGGCUGAGCUGCUAAAGCUACCUGUCCCUGUGGAUAAAUUUAGAGGCGGACACAUACGAUUUGAGUUCCGGCAUUGUUCCACAAAAGAGAAGGGUGAGAAGAAGUUAUUUGGCUUUUCUUUCAUGCCUCUCAUGCAAGAAGAUGGCAGAACAUUUCCUGAUGGAACCCAUGAGCUUAUCGUACAUAAGUGUGAAGAAAAUACCACCUUCCAAGAUCCAUGUCGCUACCUCAAACUACCCUUUUUGAAAGGAAAUCAACAUGGAAAUAAUAAUCAGGCCAUUAAAAAUACAAAAGAGUCUUUUUGGAUAAGCUCAUUCCUUUGUUCUACUAAACUGACACAAAAUGGGGAUAUGCUCGACCUCUUAAAGUGGAGAAUGCACCCAGAAAAAAUCCCAGGCUGUCUGUCUAAGGUAAAAGAGAUUGAUGGAUCAGAGAUAGUCAAGUUUCUACAAGAUACACUGGACACCUUGUUUGGAAUUUUAGAUGAAAGUUCUCAAAAAUAUGCCUCUAAAGUGUUUGAUUGCCUGGUGUAUAUAAUUAACUUACUUCAGGACAGCAAAUUUCAGCAUUUUAAACCAGUUAUGGACACGUAUAUAGAAGGACAUUUUGCCGGUGCACUUGCUUACAGGGACCUCAUAAAAGUGCUGAAAUGGUAUAUUGAUAGAAUAAUUGAAGCUGAACGACAGGAGCAUAUCCAGGAGGUGCUGAAGGCCCAGGAAUACAUAUUUAAGUACAUCGUACAGUCCCGCAAGCUGUUUUCUCUUGCCACUGGGGGACAGAACGAGGAAGAAUUCCGAUGCUGUAUCCAAGAACUUCUUAUGUCCAUCCGAUUCUUUCUGUCUCAGCAAAGCAAAGGGGCCAAUGCUUUAUCGCAGUCUCAGGCAAUCUUUCUGAAUUCUUUCCCGGCUGUGUACUCGGAGUUGUUGAAACUCUUUGAUGUUCGAGAAGUUGCGAACUUGGUGCAUGAUACUCUAGGUAGUUUGCCAACAAUCAUGCAUGCAGAUGACUCUCUCCAAGACAUAAAACUUCAGUGCAUUGCGAAGACAGUGGAAAGUGAACUCUACAGUACUCCUGAUUCACGGUUUAUUCUGCUGCCUGUCGUCCUGCACCACCUCCACAUGCAUUUGCAAGAGCAGAGAGAUCUUGUCAUGUGCGCACGUAUCCUUAGCAACAUGUUUUGUCUAAGCAAGAAAACCAGCUCAGAGAAAUCUGCCAUGAAGGAAAUUGAUGUGAUCGUGAACAGCCUGCUGGACAUGCUACUGAGAACUAUAUUAGAGAUUACAAGUAGACCGCAGCCAUCGGACCCUGUAAUGCGACUCCAGUUUCAGGAUGUUACUGGUGAGUUUGUGGCUUCUUUAUUAUCACUUUUGCGACAAAUGACAGACAGGCAUUACCAGCAACUUCUGGACAGCUUCAACACAAAGGAAGAACUUCGGGACUUUUUGCUGCAGAUUUUCACAGUCUUUAGGAUUCUUAUCAGACCGGAGAUGUUUCCAAAAGAUUGGACUGUGAUGCGAUUUGUUGCAAACAAUGUCAUCAUUACAACAGUUCUGUAUCUUUCUGAUGCUCUUCGCAAAAACUUUUUAAAUGAAAGUUUUGAUUAUAAGAUUUGGGACUCCUACUUUUACUUGGCUGUGAUUUUUAUAAACCAGUCAUGCUUGCAGUUAGAAAUGUUUACACCAUCCAAAAUGAAGAAAGUCCUGGAGAAAUAUGGAGACAUGCGUGUAACGAUGGGAUGUGAAAUCUUCAGCAUGUGGCAAAAUUUAGGAGAGCACAAGCUACAUUUUAUCCCAGCUUUGAUUGGUCCAUUUUUGGAGGUAACACUGAUACCCCAGCCAGACCUUCGGAAUGUUAUGAUACCUAUUUUCCAUGAUAUGAUGGACUGGGAACAGAGAAGGAGUGGCAACUUCAAACAGGUGGAAGCAAAGCUAAUUGACAAAUUGGAUAGCCUGAUGUCUGAAGGAAAGGGGGACGAAACGUAUCGGGAGCUCUUCAACAGUAUAAUUCCUCUAUUCGGUCCCUACCCUAGUUUAUUAAAGAAAAUUGAGCGGGAGACAUGGCGAGAAAGCGGAGUGUCACUAAUUGCCACUGUCACACGACUAAUGGAAAGGUUGCUGGACUACAGGGAUUGUAUGAAAAUGGGGGAGGUUGACGGGAAAAAGAUCGGCUGCACGGUUAGCCUGCUGAACUUCUACAAAACCGAGUUGAACAAAGAAGAAAUGUACAUACGCUACAUCCACAAACUCUAUGAUCUGCACAUGAAAGCACAAAAUUUCACAGAGGCUGCUUACACUCUUCUUCUCUAUGACGAAUUACUGGAAUGGUCUGAUCGUCCUUUAAGAGAAUUCCUCACAUACCCAAUGCAAACUGAAUGGCAGCGAAAGGAGUAUCUUCACAUGACUAUUAUCCAGAACUUUGAUAGGGGCAAGUGUUGGGAAAAUGGAAUAAUUCUCUGCAGGAAACUUGCCGAGCAAUAUGAAAAUUACUAUGACUACCGAAAUCUCAGCAAGAUGAGGAUGAUGGAAGCAUCUCUGUAUGAUAAAAUUAUGGAUCAACAGCGUUUGGAGCCGGAGUUUUUUAGAGUUGGAUUCUAUGGCAAAAAAUUCCCAUUUUUCUUGAGAAACAAGGAAUUUGUUUGUCGUGGACAUGAUUACGAGAGGCUGGAGGCUUUUCAGCAGCGCAUGCUUAGUGAAUUUCCACAUGCUAUUGCAAUGCAGCAUGCCAACCAGCCCGAUGAAACAAUCUUUCAAGCAGAAGCACAAUAUUUGCAGAUCUAUGCAGUAACCCCGAUACCAGAGACUCAGGAAGUUUUGCAAAGAGACGGCAUUCCUGAUAACAUCAAAAGCUUUUACAAAGUCAAUCAUAUCUGGAGAUUCAGAUAUGAUCGGCCAUUUCACAAAGGGACCAAGGAUAAAGAAAAUGAAUUUAAGAGUCUCUGGGUAGAAAGAACUGCGUUGACCCUGGUGCAAAGUUUGCCUGGUAUUUCUCGUUGGUUUGAAGUAGAAAAACGGGAAGUGGUUGAAAUGAGUCCUCUUGAAAAUGCAAUUGAAGUAUUGGAAAAUAAAAACCAGCAGCUGCGAACACUGAUUGGUCAGUGCCAAACCCGGCAGAUGCAGAACAUAAACCCACUUACGAUGUGUCUGAAUGGAGUCAUAGAUGCUGCAGUUAACGGUGGUGUUUCUAGGUAUCAGGAGGCAUUCUUUGUGAAGGACUAUAUCUUCAAGCACCCUGAGGAUGGAGACAAGAUCACACGCUUGAGAGAACUGAUGCUUGAACAGGCCCAGAUUUUAGAGUUUGGUUUAGCUGUGCACGAGAAAUUUGUUCCUCAAGAUAUGAGACCUUUACAUAAGAAGAUGGUGGACCAGUUCUUUGUAAUGAAGUCAAGUUUGGGAAUCCAGGAUUUCUCCGCUUGUGUACCACCUAGUCCUGUAAAUUUCCCCAAUGGAAGCCCUCGCAUACCUAGAAAUUCAGCACCUGCUAUUUUGGGGCCCGAUGCAGCCAGGGUGGUACCUAGAAGAAGUCCAUUAAGUUAUCCAGCAGUCAACAGAUACUCCUCUUCAUCGCUUUCCUCUCAAGCAUCGGCGGAGGUUAGCAACCUGACGGGGCAAUCAGAGAGCUCGGAUGAAGUGUUUCACAUGCAGCCAAGUCCGUCUACCUCAAGUUUAAGCUCCACACAUUCCGCCUCACCAAAUGUGACCAGUUCGGCUCCAUCAAGUGCCAGAGCUUCCCCACUGCUAUCUGACAAACACAAGCAUUCCAGAGAAAAUCCCUGCCUUUCCCCAAGAGAGAGACCCUGCAGUGCGAUAUUUCCAAUUCCAGCAGAACCUCCCCAGAGAGGGUUGUUUAACCACAUUGGAGAAAACAUGUUGCCUCGUAGUGAUCCAAAUCUUUCUGCACCUGAAAAAGCAGUGAAUACAGCACCAAGCAGUUGGAGUUUGGACAGUGGUAAAGAGGCCAAAAACAUGUCAGAAAGUGGAAGACACAUGACUCCGCCUGUGCCACCAAGAACAAUGCAGGGGGCUUCUCCAGCCAGGAAUAUAGCAGCUGUAUCCCCGUCUAUGAUGGGACGAUCGCCGAUGAAGGGUUCAAUGCAGUCGUUUACCCCAUCUCCCGUAGACUGCCAUCCAUCCAGCCUCAUGUCUAAUUCUCCAGUCUUGUCAGGAAGCUGUAGUAGUGGCAUUUCAUCGCUCAGUCGCUGCAGCAUUUCAGAAAUCUCGGGUUUCGAAACUCAGUUCUACGACCAAUCUCUUCCUGGUUAUGGCAUACCCGAAGAGACAGUGAAGAAAGAAAGCAAGACCCCACCACCCUACAGUGUGUAUGAAAGGACUUUAAGACGCCCUGUUCCCGUACCUCAAUGCCUUUCUAUUCCUGCCCCUAUUGAUCCACCAGCUUUACCACCCAAACCGGGUCCAGUUCGUCCUACCAAUCUGGAGAAUGGCAAAAGGACCGACCCUCUCCAACGACCUAGACCUUUCCCACGGAAAGUUUCUCAGUUGUAAUACAUUUUGCAUUUUCAUUUUAAUGCCAUGAACAGACUUUCUCAUUAAUUUUAUAACAAUUAACAAAUAACCCUUAGGGGUCAUAUGAUUAAGAACUGCAGAAGGGUUACAUACACUUAAUGAAAGUGUGGGCACUUUAAUUGUUUACUAUUUGAUUCCCUAAUUAAGGAAGUGAAGUGUUUUAUUUUUUAUUAUUGUUUUGCACAUUAUUUUAGGAAAAUUAAUUCAGGAUUAACUUGACAUGAGGCACUUUUUUGAUCACAUAAUGGAAAAAGAAAAGAAGCACAUAACAUUUCCUAACGUGCUAUUUUUGGACUAUCGGUUUAAUAUUCCAUAGGAUUUUUUUCAACGUUUUUUUUUUCUUUUUUUUCCCCACCUUUUAUGUAGGUAUAUUCAUAAAUUGUUUCAUUCCAAAACAAUGGCAGAAUAUGCCUUCUUUUUUAAUACUUGAUAUACAUAAUUUUUAAGUAUAAAUGUCAGGCACUUUAACAAACCAUCCAACAAUUCCAAAUUUGUCAUGCAUGCUAACCCCAUAUUUAGAAUACCAUUUGACUUUAUCUAUUGUUUAUAAAAUGAGGUGGGGCAUUUUUACAUUUUGAAGAUGCAUGCAUAAUGUGCAUAGUUCUCUUUAGGCUAUGAUAAUUUGUGUGCUGCAGUUUGUGCAUUUUGUAUUGUCAGGGGCGAUUUGUGUUGCUUUGAGGAUUUGUGUUUUAAGAAUACAUACAUAAACAAAAUCAAAUAAGGAAACCAUUAAAGAACAAACAUAUAUUUUCUCGAGAUUCUAAUUACAUGGCUGCCAGCCAUUUUAGAUCCUGCCUUUGAUGUAAUUUAGUGAUAUAAAGUGUUUGAGUUGCUUUGGUGCUGCAAAUAUUUUUUUUAAUUGUUUAACUUUUCUCCUUCGCUUUAAAGUACUUUAUCUUCUAUCUGAGUACCUCCGAAAAAAGAUAUUUCCAUAUUACAUGUUUAAAUUUGCUCUAAUUUCUAGAGUGAUGUCUAGUUAGCCCUGAACAUUAAAACAUGUUUUUUUUUUUCUUCUGAUUUUUUUUUCAGGACUAGGUAACAUAUAACCCACAUGUGUUUUUAUCCAGAUUUCCUUAUCGAUUUACAAUUUCAUCAGUGUGUGAGGC